ACUUAUAAAGCUGGCAUUGUUAUAUUUAGACAAAUUGAUAACUUGAAUCCAGUGGACACAAAUGUAAAAGAAAAUGCGAAUAGAAGUGCACAAUUGAUAAAGUCAUAUAAAAAUCAGGCGGAUAUAUUUGUCCUUCCAGAAUAUGGUCUCACGACUGUACCACCCGCAACGUUGACAAAUUUAUAUCAAUACAGUACUACAAUUGGUGAAGUCGGCGAUAAAGUAUGUGGCAAGGACGGAUUUGAUGAGCAGCUUGUCACUUUGUCAUGUGCUGCUAAUGACACUAGUGCCUACGUUAUUGCAAAUUUGAUUGAAUCUAUAAACAAUAAGGAGUAUUACCUAACCACCCUUGGGUUUGACAAAACCGGAACUAUUGUUGUUAAAUGUAGGAAGCACCAUAUUAGCAACAGCACCCAGUUCCAAACAGCUAAAGACCAAACACCGUGUACUUUUAAUGCUAACAUAAAUAAGGACGUGGUUAAGUUUACUAUUUUAUUCGAAACAGAUAUGGUGUAUCCCAUUCCUGAAGCAAUCAAAAGCGGAAAUUUGAUCAUGAGUUCGGCGAUAAAUAAUAAAUUGCCCUUAGAAUUUGGUUUGAGUCUGUACCAAGGAUUCGCUGUAUCAAAUGGUGUUAAUUUAUUAGUGUCAGAUUACAUAGAUUACACAGAGAAUAAUUGUUAUGGAGGCUCUGGUGUAUUUUACAGUAACGGUACUAGUGUUAUUGCUUUUAAUCCAGAAGAUGUUCCCGGAGGAAAUGAUCAUCAGUCUGUUCUGAUUCGAGACGUUCCUGUGAAGCCUUCUGUAGUACAAGAGGUCAAUGUAAACGCUGCAAAUGUUGGCCCGGCACCUAAAUUUAAUUUACCAUUUAUGAAUAUCAGUACACUAAAUGAAACCGCCAAAGUAUUGGAGAAAUGUAUUGAUAAAAGAUGUUGCAAGUUUAGCGUUGAUUUUGGAGGAAAUACCAUAGCUCCAUAUAAGUGGAUUGCAGUAUUAAAUACAACCAUUCUUGACCAAUCUAGCAACGCUUUGAUAUGCGCUUUUGCCCUGCCGUCAGCUAAUUUAGCUAAUGCCCAAAGUUUUAAAAAUAUUUCGAUAUCCACCAACUUAGACAAGUCCGAAGUGCUUCUGUCCAUACCCGUAGGAUUGAAUGAUAAAUUUUUACCAUCGAAUUUUUUCUAUAACGCUGCUUCUCACUCGAUCAUGUCAACCUCCAACGAUAAAAUCGUCGUUUUGGGUUUAAUAGAAGUUUUGGGAGGAACGCCUACUCCAUCCGGAGGUGGUAACACAGCUUUAAUAGUAGUUAUAGUUUUGCUUGUGUUAGUUUUAGUAGGUUUAUUGGUGGCCUAUUUCAUCUGGAGAAAGAGGCAAGAGAAAAAUAGGCGAAACUUUUAA